UUUUUUUUUUUUCCACCCCUCACAACCAGCAUCAGUAGAGACGGACGCUGACUGUGUUGACUAUGUCCUCGAUUUAGUUUUUUUUUUCUUUUUUUAAAAAAUAAAGAUUACAAGGACAUACCACUGCCCGAAACAAGCACAUCGGUUAUAAAGGGAAAGCUGGGACCGCGCAUGACCCGAUAGAGGAAAUAAAAAGGAGACACCCAGAGUUAAGAAGGAUGUCAGCCCGAGGGGGAAAGAAGAAAAGCACCAAGCAGUCUCGGUCUGGGCGGGCCGGGGUCAUCUUCCCUGUGGGCAGGAUGAUGAGGUACCUGCGGCGGGGGACACACAAGUACCGCAUCGGCAUGGGUGCUCCCGUCUACAUGGCAGCAGUGAUCGAGUACCUGGCAGCUGAAAUCCUGGAGUUGGCAGGCAACGCAGCGAGGGACAAUAAGAAAGGCAGGAUCACCCCGCGCCACAUCCUGCUGGCCGUGGCGAAUGACGAGGAGCUCAACCAGCUGCUGCGAGGGGUCACCAUAGCCAGCGGUGGGGUCCUUCCCCGAAUCCACCCUGAGCUGCUAGCUAAGAAGCGGGGCGCCCGGGGCAAAGUGGACACGCAGUCCUCCCCGCCCGAGAAGAAGGCAAGGAAGGCAUCAGCUGUCAAGAACACCAAGAAACCUGUCGUCAAGAAGCUGGGCAAGAGCAAAUCGGCCAGGAAAACGAGGGAGAAGCAUGCUGAAAACAACAAGGAGGGGGCCUCCAGCUCCACCACAGAGGAUGGGCCUGGCGAUGGCUUCACUGUACUCUCAUCAAAGAGCCUCUUCCUGGGGCAGAAGCUGUCCCUGACACAGAGCGAGAUCCACAACAUUGGAUCCAUUAAAGUGGAGGGGAUCAUCAACCCAACGAAUGCAGACAUUGAUCUCAAGGAGGACGUGGGGAACGCGCUGGAGAAAGCUGGAGGAAAGGAGUUCCUGGAAUCUGUGAAGGAGCUCCGCAAAUCCCACGGGCCUCUGGAAGUGGCGGGAGCGGCCUUGAGCCAAGCGAACGGCCUGCCGGCCAAGUUUGUGAUCCACUGUAACAUCCCCCAGUGGGGCUCCGACAAGUGUGAGGAGCAGCUUGAGAAGACAGUCAAGAACUGCCUGUCAGCCGCCGAAGACAAGAAGCUCAAAUCUGUCGCCUUCCCGUCCUUCCCCAGUGGCAGAAAUGGUUUUCCUAAGCAGACUGCAGCCCAGCUGAUUCUGAAGGCCAUCUCCAAUCACUUUGUCUCGUCAACAUCUUCCUCCCUGAAAAACAUCUUCUUUGUUUUAUUCGACAGCGAGAGCAUCGGAAUCUACGUUCAGGAAAUGGCAAAACUCGAUGCCAAGUAAACGAGAGAAAAAAUCAAGAUUAAUUUGUGUAUUUUGUUCUAAAGUUUGAAGUAAU